AUUUUAUCUAUCGCCGCUACAAAAUCGAAGUUUCUAGAAAAUGCAGGACACCAGUUCAGUCGCCGGGGAAGAGAGUUUCCGAGUUCGGAAACUGGAAAUUUCGGACAAAGCCAAAGGCUUUAUAGAUCUACUGCAGCAACUAAGCGUCUGCGAUUCUGUAUCUGAUAAGGAAUUCGAAGAUCGAUUCCAGGAGCUGAGAUCCUACGGAGACGACCACCUUAUCUGUGUGAUCGAAGACGACGGCUCUGGCAAGAUCGUCGCGACCGGGAGCGUGUUGAUCGAGAAGAAGUUCUUGAGGAAUUGCGGCAAAGUAGGACACAUCGAGGACGUCGUGGUCGAUGGUAGCGCGCGAGGGAAGCAAUUAGGGAAGAAAAUCAUCGAGUUCCUCACGGAUCAUGCUCGCGCAAUGGGAUGUUACAAGGUCAUUCUCGAUUGCAGUGAGGAUAACAGAGGGUUCUACGAGAAGUGUGGGUUUAAGAAGAAAGAGAUCCAGAUGGCCAAGUAUUUCACUUAAUUCAUUUGCUCUAGAAAUCAGAAUGUGUUAUUUUGAAAUUUCCAACAUUUUGAUUCAUUAGAGCAAACAGACUCUGAUUCCUGAAAACGUGUUAUCUUGAAAUUUUCCUUCUGUUUUCUUGAUUUUCUAAGGAAACAAACAGAAAACGAAGGUGAAUUCGAGUAGGAAAAAACGUUUUGUCAUUUUGUACUUUUUUAUGCAGUACAAAUUCCGAAAUUAUUUAAACAUUUUUAAUAAAAUUAUCUUUUAAAU